CCAUGAUCCCGCUCUCGCGAAAAGAACGCGAGCUUUGGACCUCUUGUGGAAAGGGCAGUCCCGCGGCAUUUUCAUAUUUGGCCGAGGGACUGGAGGAGGCGCACUUCUCCCUCCGCAAGGCCCAAGAGAAAGAUCGAGCCAGCUUGCAGCGUAUCAACGACUUGGAAGAUCAAUUGCAGAACGCGAAGGCUGCUCUGCACCAAAAAACCUUGGAAUGCCAGGCCACCGACCGAAAAGGAUCGCAGAGGCCUUCCAUGCCAACGGCGCCUCCAGAUUUGCGAGAGGCGCUUCUCGCAUUCGGCGCACCAAAGGCAACAGAAGCUGCCAAGCAGGAUGAGUUGAAGGCAAACCCUGAGCCGAAUACACCACAAAGUUGCAGCACGAAGGCGGGCAGUGCGCAAUGGAACCCAGAUUUUACUUGCAGCCUUGACGCAUUGCAGGCAGAUAAGGUGCCUGCCGUGAACUCCGCGCAGAAGAGACAAACGGAGCGAAAGGUCUUAAAUUGCCACCAAUACCAGUGGACCAAUGCGUUCAGUGACGCCUUCAAUGAAGUAAAGGCAAACCCUGAGCCGAGUACACCGCGAAGUUGCAGCACGCAGGUGGGAAGUGCGCAAUGGAGCCCAGAUUCUACUUGGAGCCUUGAUACGUUGCAGGCGGACAAGGCCCCUAUUGGCCUCGGUGGAGAAACGCCGAGGAUGAAGAGUCUGAGCACAACGACAUUUGCAACCUCUCCCCCGAAUUCUCCAGAGUCGGAAAGUGCCGAAAGCGCAGAGCGCGCAGAACGUGCAGAAAGGUGUGACAAGUUUGGAGAGGAAGAGAGAUCUUGGGAGGCGCCAGCGGCAGGAACUCAGGAGGCAACUCCAGCACUUCCAGAGAGAUUUGUCAGCGAGAUGUUGCCAUGGCUGCCUGUGUACGACAUUGUCAAACUUCGAACAGUGUCGCGUGACUUCGUGAAGCCGCAGGAGCUUGUUUCUUUGUGCGACAUGGCAGUGGGCCUGAAUUGGAUGGAAGCCGCGUGGUGCAACUCGUACGAAAUAUUUGCGAAUGGAAAGUCUGACGUGGAGGUUUGGUUCGAGCCGGGCGAGUCUUGGGCAGGCUUGAAGUGCUUGCAGAGAUUGCGGCGAGCGUUGUGGAGAGAUGCUCCGUAUGAAUUGCUAUUGUUCAUGCAGAAGCUUUCUACCGCUAGUUUGGUGGACUGCAAGUACUGGAUGUCGAAUGAGAAGUUUGCAGAUGCAAUCGUUGGCGUUGCAAAGGCGCUCGCUCUUUUGCACUCAGAUGGAAUAUUUUUCCAGCGGCAUGGACAAGUACUUGGUGGAAUCCCAGAUGGACUCGCUGUCGCUCACGUCCAUGCCUACGAGCUGAUCUCAUGACUUCGGAUGACUUCGUCGGUGUGAGAAUGGUGUCGCCAAUCGUCGAUGUCCUCUCGAUGAAGCAGGCUCUCAAGAUGUCCGCUGAUCGCGACGUCCAGGCGAUCUCGAAGUGGCUUGCGGCAAGACGCUGCCAAGGAACGGACCGCAAAAAAA